AUGAAAAUAACAUCUUGCGAGUCGGAGGAAAUUCGUAAACAACUCGAGACUAUGAAGCAAACAGAACCUUUGAGUGACGAGAUAUCUAAUCAUGACAUUCAUCAUUUUGCGGCCAUCUACGUCGUCUUCACCGUGCUGGCAGCCGGAGGAGCAGCGCUGGCCUGGCGGCGCUGGCGCCGACGCGCGCGCGCGCCCCCACCGCAGCAGCAGCAGUGUUGUGUUAGUGAAAGUGUUUCUUAUAGCAAAAAUGGGCAAUCUAGUGAUAAAGCAAAGUGUAGUGAAGUGAAAGACAAACCUAUUCAUUCGCACAAAUCGAAAAAGGACCACGGCACGUCGCCGGUGCUCCGCUCGCAAUUCCGCCGUUUCUUCGGCGUGUACCCGGUAGGCGGAUUAGCAGUGGGCGCGCUGGCGGCGGGCGCGAGCGCCGAGGCCGCGCUGCCGCUCGCCACCACCGGGCCCGUGCAGCGGAUGGAGCCGCUCAACAACCUGCAGGUCGCGAUAAAGAACAACGUGGACGUAUUCUACUUCGCGUGUCUCAUCCCCGCGCACAUCCUUUUCACUGAAGACGGGCAACUAGACAAGCGGGUGUUCCUCACCACCUGGAAAGAAAUACCCGCCGCUAACGAGGUCCAACACACGCUCUCAAACGUCAUAGGAAACGCCGACUCCAUCGCCCAGAAAAUGACCCUAAACAACAUCUUCACCAUCGCAAAACGCAACGUCGAAGGACAAGACAUGCUCUACCAAUCACUCAAACUUACCAACAAUAUCUGGGUCCUUCUAGAACUCAAACUACAACCUGGCAACCCCGAAGCUACCCUCAGCUUGAAAUCUCGGACCGUAGAAGUCGCCACCUGCAUAUUCCAAGCGUACGAAGCGAUCAUCAAGUCUUAAUCUCUCAGAUGCUAUUUAUAUGUAUAUGUUGAUCUAUUGUUAAAGUAUUAUGUAUACUACGUUGAUAGAAAUUUGGUAAUGUAAACGAACGUUUUGUCUUUUUACAAUAUCAUAGGUCCAGAUAGGUGUGAUUUGAUAAAAUAUUAGUUUGAUUUACAUUUAUUAUAAUUUCUAUUGAAUAUAUUGAAGUAAGAGCGGUCAUAUAGGAAUCGCUUAUUCAGUAGAAUGUGUGAAGUAGCUUCUACAAUCGAAGUAAAGUUUGGCUAAGCGUCCUAAUAUGGUGACUAAUAUUAUGACAAUUUAAGUUCUCCAAACAUUUGCCCGAGAUUUCGUAAGGGCUGUAAACUAGGCUUUAAUACAAUAUAAUAUCAGCUUUAGUAAUUCGAUUAUAGGAUACCUACUAGCUUUUGCCUACGGCUUUGCCCGCGUGAAAAUUUAUUUGUCACAGAAAACGCGCGUCACUGUUUCAAUAGGAUACCUACUAGCUUUUGCCUACGGCUUUGCCCGCGUGAAAAUUUAUUUGUCACAGAAAACGCGCGUCACUGUUUCAAAAACUGGAUAAAAACUUUUUCCGGAACUAUACCAAAUUAUAUCAAAAACGGUUCAAAGGUUUAGGGGUGAAAGCAUGACAAAUAGACAGUUACUUUCCUUUAUAAUUUAGUAGGAAUUGAAUCUUUGUAUGACCGCUCUUGCUGUAAAUGAUGAAGAUAGACUUUACGACUGUAAAUUCCAUUGUAGAGAUGUAUGAAUGAUAAUUAUUAUGAGUAUAAUGUAAGUUAUGAAAUUAUUUAGCAGCUCAUAGCGUCGCGCCGAGUGAUUGAGACUAUGAAGUAUAUCAUGCUAUAUUAUGGCGUUUAAAUAAAUGAUGUUAUAACAUA